AUGGGCACCCGAAGUGUCCCGGUCGAGAAAGACGGCCAUGUCGCCCUCGACUUGGUUGACAAAGAUAAAGAAGAUGGCACCAUAGGCGCCGUCGACGGAGCAAGCAUUACUGCCGCUGAGAGCGAAGAGGAUCAACCAUACGAGCCACUCCCAGGCGUGAUGCCUUACGAUGGCCGUAGACUUGUUACCGUUCGCGCCAUCUUGACUGGUGGUGUCCUUGGCUCCUUGAUUGCCUGCUCAAACUUAUACCUAGGUCUCAAAUCUGGCUUUGGUGCUGAUGCAACUCUUUUCUCUGCUAUUUUCGGAUUCGGCAUAUGCAAGAUGCUUGAGAAGUCCAAGCUACCCCUUCUCUCGGGUGACUUUGGUCCGCACGAAAACAACAUCAUCCAAGCGACUUCCUUGGGCUGCAUCGGCGUCGGCUUUAUGUUUAUGAGCGGCGUGCCAGCAAUGUAUCAGCUGAAGCUCCUUGGCCCCGAUCCCCAAUCCGACUACGGGCGGUUGAUAUGUUUGACACUGGUCGGUGGUUUCUGGGGUCUUGGCUUCGCGGUUCCCCUUCGGCGGAUGUUUAUUCUGCGGCUAGCACGGCAACUCAGUCUUUACUUCCCCCUGGGCACAGCAUCUGCCAUCACUAUCCGGGCACUGCACUCAGCAUCCGACGGGGCUUCUGGGGCAAGGGAGAAGCUCAAGACGAUUAGCUACUCGUUCUCAGCAUCCUUGGUAUGGUCUGUGGCUUCCUCCUACGCCCCUGGCAUUCUGUACUCAUGGAAUCCUUUCUGGUGGAUUUACGCUUGGGGCGGCCACAGCAUAAUCAAUGCAGUCAACUGGGGUUGGCUCUCGUGGCAAUGGUCACCCUCUCUAAUCGGGGUCGGUAUGCUCAUUGAUCUCAACGCAUCUUUGUCUUACCUCCUUGGCACGGUCCUGGCUUGGGGUAUUAUUGGGCCAAUUCUUGUUGCAAGGGGAGAGGCUACUGGUAUCCCUUACGAUCCCACAAAUCCAGACCUCAUCACCUACAAUGCAUUUGUUCCUGAUCAGCUCAAAAUAGCACCCUCGCCCCGGUACUGGAUUCUGUGGCCAGCAGUCUUCAUGAUGCUUGCUGCCUCAAUUGCAACGAUUGCCCUGGAGACGCGAAAUUUCGCAAAGUUGGCAAAGUAUGGCCUCCAACAAAUGGAUGAUUCGAUUGCAAAACUCACGGGAAAGCGUCUCUUCAACGCCAAUGCUCCAAACUCGGUCCCAGGGGCGCCGGUACUCGGCGAUUUUGAGAUUAUGGACCCUGUCCCGAAAGAACACCAAGUUCGCUGGUGGGAGUGGUCAUCCGUCACUGUCGCGGCUUUCAUAUUUGCCAUGGUCGUGCUCAAAUACACAUAUGGCGUGCCUCCUACACUGGUCCUCCUCAAUGUCUUUCUAGGAUUUCUAUGGGCUUUCGUAGUGAUCCAGGUUUUCGGAGCCUCUGGCACCAAUCCUACCGGCUCCGUUGCCAAGGGGUCACAGUUCGUAACUGGAGCUGUGAGCCGAGACUCUGUUCAGAAGAUUGGAUUCGAGCACGCUGCCAGGUCCAACCUCGUUGGCUCCGUUUUGUCUGCCUCUGCUGCGAACCAAGCUGGUGAGCUGUGUCAAGACUUUAGGACGGGAUUCCUGCUGGGCACGCCAGCUCGCGCACAAUGGCACGCUCAGAUGCUGGGUACACUUUUUGCCGUGUUCCUCUCGCCUGCCCUUUUUAUGCUAUUUUCCAAGGCUUUCCCUUGCAUCACUGAUGCGUCAGUAACGACCUGUCAAUUCGCUCUCCCCUCGGUUACCGCAUGGCGGGUUGUUACGGAGGCCAUCUUGGCACCUGAAUUCCCAAUCGCCCAGUCUAGCUGGAUAUUCUCCAUCAUCUUUUCAGUUGUUGGCAUGGCUAUGGUGGUACUAAAGCGCUACUUGAUGCAGACUCCCAAGUUGAAGAAGUGGGAGCCAUUCGUUCCCAACAUGUCACUUGUUGGUCUCGCAAUGACCAUUCCUGGGUCGGCGAUGACCAUCACGGUUGCCAUUGGCUCAGUGCUUUCUUGGGUAUGGCAGAAAUUCUGGCCAAAAUCAUAUGCUAGAUUCGUUUACGCCAUUGCUUCAGGCGGAAUUGCCGGGGAGGGUAUU